GUGACUCCUGUCUCUGUGUUGCAGCUGUCCUCCAUGGGGAUGAUGACAGAGUACUAUCACUUCUUCUUCACAACCUUGGACCUGUUUGCUCUGGACCUGGAGCCGUACCGCUACAGCGGGGUCAACAUGACGGGCUUCAGGCUGCUGAACACAGACGACCCGCGCGUGGCCGCCACCAUGGACCAGUGGGCCCUGGACCGCCUGCAGGGACCCAAGCAGGAGAGCGGGCUGGUGGACGGUGUGAUGACGACGGACGCGGCCCUGAUGUACGACGCGGUGUUCAUGGUUGCCGUGGCGUCACAGCGGGCGACCCAGAUGACGGUGAGCUCGCUGCAGUGUCACCGCCACAAGCCGUGGCGCUUCGGCCCCCGCUUCAUGAACCUGUUUAAGGAGGCCCAGUGGGACGGCCUGACGGGACGCAUCGUGCUCAACAAGACCGACGGCCUCCGCAGAGACUUUGAUCUGGACAUCAUCAGCCUCAAGGAGGACGGCACGCACAGGGGGCUUGUAUCGGUUGGAGCUCGCCUGAAUAAAAGGUGGAUCAAGAUCGCCGUGUGGAACUCCUAUCGGGGGCUGAACCUGACGGAGACCAACAAAGACAAGAUGAACAACGUGACGGAUUCCCUGGCCAACAGAACGCUCAUCGUCACCACAAUACUGGAGAACCCGUACGUGAUGCACAAGAAGUCGGACAAGGAGCUGAGCGGCAACGACCGCUUCGAGGGCUACUGCCUGGACCUGCUGAAGGAGCUGUCCAACAUCCUGGGCUUCACCUACGAGGUCAAACUGGUGACGGACGGGAAGUACGGCGCGCAGAACGACAAGGGCGAGUGGAACGGCAUGGUCCGCGAGCUCAUCGACCACAUAGCGGACCUGGCGGUGGCUCCCCUGACCAUCACCUACGUCCGGGAGAAGUCGAUCGACUUCUCCAAGCCCUUCAUGACGCUGGGCAUCAGCAUCCUGUACCGUAAGCCCAACGGCACCAACCCGGGGGUGUUCUCCUUCCUCAACCCUCUGUCCCCGGACAUCUGGAUGUACGUGCUGCUGGCCUGCACCGGGGUCAGCUGUGUGCUGUUCGUCAUCGCCAGGUUCACUCCCUACGAGUGGUAUAACCCGCACCCAUGCAACCCGUCCUCCACCCUGAUCGAGAACAACUUCACGCUGCUCAACAGCUUCUGGUUCGGCGUUGGGGCUCUCAUGCGACAAGGCUCGGAGCUGAUGCCCAAGGCUCUGUCCACGCGCAUCGUGGGGGGCAUCUGGUGGUUCUUCACCCUCAUCAUCAUCUCCUCCUACACGGCCAACCUGGCCGCCUUCCUCACCGUGGAGCGCAUGGACGCGCCCAUCGACUCGGCCGACGACCUGGCCAAGCAGACCAGGAUAGAGUACGGCGCGGUGAGGGACGGCUCAACCAUGACCUUCUUCAAGAAAUCAAAGAUCUCCACCUACGAGAAGAUGUGGGCCUUCAUGAGCAGCAGGAAGAACACAGCGCUGGUGAAGAACAACCGCGAGGGCAUCACGCGCGUGCUCACCACCGACUACGCCAUGCUCAUGGAGUCCACCAGCAUCGAGUACAUCAGCCAGAGGAACUGCAACCUCACGCAGAUCGGAGGCCUCAUCGACUCCAAGGGCUACGGGGUGGGGACGCCCAUAGGUUCUCCUUACCGGGACAAGGUGACCAUAGCCAUCCUCCAGCUGCAGGAGGAGGGCAAGCUCCACAUGAUGAAGGAGAAGUGGUGGAGGGGCAACGGCUGUCCGGAGGAGGACAACAAGGAGGCCAACGCCCUGGGCGUGGAGAACAUCGGGGGCAUCUUCAUCGUGCUGGCGGCCGGGCUGGUGCUCUCCGUGUUCGUGGCCAUCGGGGAGUUCAUCUACAAGGCCCGCCGCAACGCCGACAUCGAGGAGCCAGGCCUUCUGUUUCUUUUAUGGGGUGCAGUCCCACGAGUCCCAGCGGCAUGGCUCCGCCUCCUCCUCAGGCACCUCCCUGUCCACCGACCUGGAGAGCAGGGGGCUGCUGGGAGACGACCUAGAGUAGCCAAGCCCCGCCCACGCGCUCUAGAGCCUAGAGUGCGAGUCUUUAACUGCCAUCAUGGAAGAGCUGGGUCUCAACAUUCAGUGUUGCAAACCCAGCAAGAAGAGCUCUCCUCUCUCCAGCGGCAGGGCAGAGUCCCACUGCAUAUUCUGUCAACCCCCGCCCGUUCAGAGGGAGGCGCGGACGGGAUGCUGCAGCACCUGAAUCCAUACGCUCUCAGACGGAAGACGUGAUGAGAGACUGUUAUUUUAAAUGCCAUUGAGCAUUCCUCAGCUGUGUUUGUGAGCUGUGUUAUGAUAUAAAAAUCAAUGUGCAAUCUUCAUCAACACCGCCCCCCCCCCCCCAAUCCACUCCCCCCACCCUCCUCUUCUCCCCCUACAGCUGAAUGUUUAUAGAUGUAUGUAAUGUACAGGAAUAGGCAUCACAAGUAGGUUUCAAUGUGUGUGGUGCAUUUGACUAGAGAGAACGAGGGACAGAUGGAAGGUGAGUUCCUCGUGUCCCCUUGUGCUCCUGCUAGUGUAUAGCCACAUACCGUUCUGAGCAGAUUGAAGGCGUCGGAGCAGGCAUCAUUUGUAGAUGUCCCCCUAACAGGACUUUGUUACCACUGUACUGUUUUCAGAGUAAACAACUUUUGCAUAUUU